UGCUUCUUGUUAUUCUUCUGCUUGCCUUUGUUCUGUUUCUUGGGCUCCUCUUCCGGUUCAGUUUCCUCCUCUGUUUCCUUGGAAUCGGUGACAUCAGAGCUUGAUAUGUAUGCCGACUGACUAGAGUCUGACUCGGUUUCUGGACCGGAGUCGGAUGCCUCAUCUGAGGAGUCCUUGGGAGUUGUGGUGGUGGUCUGCUUCAUAGCAGAUUUGAGGGGGCCAUUUUGGCGAGCCUCAAACCGGACCUUCUUCUUGACCACGGCCUUUGCUUCGUUGGCAGGCGGAGGUGUAUAGUUGCGUCCAGUGCGUGGGUAGGUGACCGAGACGGUGUCCUCUUCGGACUCAUCAUCAGUGGUGACCGCAACACGUACGACGUCUCGCUUCUUAGGGGGUUUGUUCUUAGGGAUGGCGCCGAUAACAGAUUCGAUUGUUGUUCCAACUACCCAUUCGCAAAAAUGCGAGGGGAGUUUCGCUUUGCGAUUUGACAUCGCACCAAAGAAGUUUGCUGUACCAAAGAAAUUAUCAAGAUAGUAUGUAUGUCUUUAGAAAGGUCAAAAGGUCAAGAAAAAGACGGUUGUGCGUUUGUUUUGAGGUUGGUUAUGAGAGGUCACCCUGAUGGUAUGGGCGAUAGUCGAAGAUUUGUUGUCAACUGCUCGCAGCUGUCAAGGCGAAGCGAAGACAAAGUGGUAACAACCCUAGUGCUUUGGCAAUCUACAGAUCAGAAAAGAAGUGUAAAGAGGGCAUGUAGAGGUUGCGUUAUGUUUUGGCGAAAAGAUGUAAAAUGCGCUGAGAUGAAAAGGGUUGGUUCGUGGUUGAGAAAAGAGGCAGGAGCGAGCUUGAGUUGGGGCUCCUUCCUCCUUGUGUAUAUAAUUCACUAGUACCUGCCUAUUAUCCACCAUCCAACUACUAAAAGCAAACAAACAAACUCCCUAAGGCACCUAUAAUUCACUAUCACAGCUUCGCAUUCAACUUCAUCUCCUCCCAUCUCUCAUUAAUGAUAAGAUUCUGCCAGAACCUCCACGUCGCAACUGCA